CAGAGAGUGUAGUCUGUUAGUGUGUAAGGUUUAGCUCAACCUUGUGUGUGUGUGCGUGUGUGUGUGUGCGUGAGAGAGAGAGAGUUUAGGGGGUGGUAAGGGGUUGGUUGACCAUCCUGGACAGCCCCUUCCUGACUACAUCGCUGACAGGAAGUACAGAAAGAAAAGGAGAAAAAAGAGACGUGAACUUUUCUGUUUCUCCUUUUUGGGUAUUCUGCAUUUUUUAUGAUUUCACCCACCCUCAUCUGCAAAAAGAAAACAUAAUUCGGAAAACGCACCAAAGAGGAAAAAACACAAAGCGUGAAGCAAGAAUAUGGAGGACAACUUUUGCGGUGUUCUGGGGCAUUUUAUGAGGGAUAAUGUGUGACGCCAAGAAAGAAUGUUGAGCGUGAGGAGUGAAUGAUGAAAACAGCUGUUGGGACUCAGAACACGGAGCAUCCUGAGAGGUGAUCUAAAAAACAUUCAUCGGAUUCUUCUGAAAGUUCUGUUUGUCCUCAUUAUGCACUAUGCUCUCCCCUGGCCCUUCCACAGCACCUUCAGGCCUCUCCAAACCCUCUUCCCCAACAAUAUCUUCACCCAUUCAGGAAUCUUUCCAUCCACAAACCUCUCCUCUUCCUCUAAGUCCUCCUUCUUCCUUGACUUCUACACCGAACUUCCCAUUGGUUGAUAUCUCUUCCUCUUCGCUUCCUGCUUCACCCUCAAUCUCAUGUGUACAAGCUUCCUCACCUCAACUUAACUCCAAACCAUCCUCACCUCCUCCCCAGAAACCCAUGUCUCCUCAGGGCCCAAAGCCACCCCUCCCAGCACAACUCCCCUCUGCUCUUCCUAAGAGCUCCUCCACUGCUCUGUCUAAACCACCUCCACCUCCUGGCGUUAGACCCUCAUCUCCACCUCAACCCAGACCACCUCCACCGGUAGGCCCAAAACCACCAGUCCCUACAUCUCCAGUUAGCAAAUCCAAUAAACCUAUUCCUCCUGGUAUCAGCAUCCUGGAGAAACUGAUUAAGACGUGUCCAGUGUGGCUUCAACUGGGAAUGAAGCAGGACAGAGCCAUGCAUAUACUGAGCAAGGAGUUUCCUGGGAUCUUUUUAGUCAGGAGGGAUACAAGUCAAAAAACAAUGAUAUUGGCAGUACACCUUCCUGACCAGCUGGGGGAGCCCCAUGUCAAAGAACUGCCUAUAAAGGAAGAAAAGUCCUUGCUAUACCUUGAAGGGUCUGUGCUGGUGUUUGAGAACAUUUUUAAACUCAUUGCUUUCUACUGUGUUAGCCGCGACAUUCUUCCUUUUCCCCUGAAGUUACCUCAGGUCAUUCAAAAGGUAGCUAAAUAUGAGGACAUGGAGGUGAUCUCUUCUCUAGGAUCAGAGUUCUGGAACUCAGCUCUGAAUAGUCAUGAGGAAGUGGAAAACAUUGCUGGUAGUUGUGGUGCUCUGGAUAGGCAGGGGCAAAGCAGCUCCUGUGAAAUCCAGAUUUCCAUUGGCAGUGACCGGCUUUGGUAUGUCAACCCAAUUUUCAUUGAGGAAUGCAGCAACAGCUUGCUGCCCACCUCUUCUGUCCCUGUUUUGAGGACCCAGAGUCUCAACACACCAGUCCAGGCUCCCCCCAAAUACAAAAGGCCGCCACCCCUACGUCCUCGUCCUCCCAGUGCACCUGAUUGUUCUCAAAACUAUGCAUUAGCCAAGCCAUCAAAAGGGGAGUUCACAGCAGUUCUCAGUUCUCCUCCCCCUUCAGUCCAAAAAAGGGAAGGAAGUGACUGUGAACGUGCAGACAGAGAACAAAAGAGACAGGGAACUCCUGCCCCAAGCAUUGAACGUGAAAAGCCAGCUGUCUUACAACCAGCUCAGGGCAAAGAAGGAAAACAGCAUUCUAAUACGUCUUCACAUCGGGUUCCUCCAAUACCAAUCCGACGGAGGCUCUCCGAAAAGCAAGCUUCGGAGGAACCAACGCAGCAGGAAGUCCACACCAGCACCUCCACAGAAGCAAAGGACAAUAUUCCACAUGUCCCGUUAGCAUCCCUCAUUUGUCUAGAUGACAGUAUGGAAGAAAGGGACAAGCCUGUGGACCCAGAGACUCAGCAACUUCAGGACGUGCCAGUGGAAGAGUCUAAGGUAACAAAUGGAGCUCCAGUGGUGACUCUAGAUGUAGCACCUCAACCGAAGAGGCCUAAUGCUCCAGUGGCACCUCCCAGGAAGAAAAGAUUCUCUCAGAAUCUGACCGGACAAGUCUCCCAAAGCUUUGUCAACUCACUAACGCCAACGUCUACUUCCACUAUUCCUUUAAACUCAAGCAGCCCCAGUCCCAUCCACCACUCGCUCUGCAUCGAUGCCAGUCAUCCCAAAGUCUCAGAUGUUUCUCUAUACUCUCCUGAUGGUGGAGCUCCACCUGACCAUGACUCUUACUCAACCAGCAGCACAGAGGAGGAGGUGGAUACCAAUACUACAACAGGUACUGCAAUCAAGAGGACCCCAACAAUUAUGUUAGACCGCGCCAAACAACGACUGUCAAUGGUGUCUAUGGCAAACCUCUCGAAUGUCCUCACAGGCUUCAUGAACGCAGACCGUAAGCUGCAGAAACGCAUUGUUGAACUGUCUCGGGAUGGAAACACAUACUUUGGGAACCUUGUUAAGGAUUAUCAAACUUUCACUUUGGACACCAUGCGGAAACACAACUCCAGCACAGAGAUGCUCCAAGAAAUCAGGCAGAUGAUAACCCAACUGAAAAGCUAUCUGAUCCAGAGUGCUGAGCUACAAAAUCUUCAGGAAGCAGCUGGAUACGCUGAGGAGAAACUGGAGAUUAUUAUUGAAGCAGCCUUAUGCAAAAGUGUCCUGAAACCCUUACGAGAGGCUGUGUAUAACGGACUGAAGGAUAUCCACUCCCGUGCAGGAAAUUUGAAGAAACUAAAAGAAAACCAGCAAGUGGUUCAGGGGACGACCACCACAGACCUGGGGGUCACCACCAGUGUUCCUGAAAUGGCCAUUAUGGAGAAAAUUCAAACAAAGCUGGGGAACCUGCACCAAGAAUAUUCACCUCAGAAGAAGAUCGACCUGCUCCUCAAGACCUGCAAAAUCAUCUAUGAAUCUAUGUCUGUAGGCUGUCCAGGAAAGGCUCACGGGGCUGAUGAUUUCCUGCCUGUGCUGAUGUACGUCUUGGCUCGCUGUAACAUCAGCGCUCUGUUGCUGGAUGUGGAGUACAUGAUGGAGCUAAUGGAUCCGGCACUGCAGCUCGGAGAGGGUUCGUACUAUCUCACCACCACUUAUGGAGCUCUGGAGCAUAUCAAAAAUUUUGAUAAACAAGCUGUGACCAGACAUCUGAGUCUGGAGAUCCAAGACUCCAUCCAUCGAUGGGAGCGCCGCCGCACCCUAAACAAAGCCAGAGCAUCACGCUCCUCUGUACAGGACUUCAUUAACGUGUCCUUCCUGGAGGCUGGAUCCAACACCAAGACCUUGGGAUUGCGUCCCAACACUACCGCUCAGGACCUGUGCAAUCAGUGUGCAGAGAAGUUUGAGGUGCUGGAUCCUGAGUCUUAUUGCCUAAGUGUGCUGGUUGACGGCCAUUACAAGCAUUUGUCUCCCGAUGAGUUUCCUCUCACCAUCAAAUCCACUUUGCACCACAGUGAGCCACGCAAGGACUAUUAUUUCGUCUACCGCCACGGUCGCUGGCCAGAACAAGAGUCUGUGGAUCAGACGCCAUCUACACCAGCUCCUGAAGAGAGUUUUAUAUGAACUAAUGCGUUUGUAUGUGUAUGUGUGUGUCAGUGAUAGGUGGGUCGUUAGCAGAGGGUUUGAGCUGCUUGAAUGGACAACUUUAAUUUGUGAAAGAAUGUAAGCGAUGUACAAGAAUGUAAACUGACAUUACAAUACCUAACCACAUAGCAGAAUGUGCUAUUUGCCCAGGGAAAUUAUACGAAUACAAAAACUGGCUUACAAGCUGGCUGACAUUUGCUUUAAAACAUGUGCUGGAAAGGACCAGGACUGGAAUCCAAAAUCUGUUUGGAAAAGAUCUAAUAUUAUUUCUCCUAGAAACGCCUCACAUGAAAAGCCUGCAUUAUUAAAAAAAAAAAAAAAGAAAGAAAAAGAAAAAAAAAUUUGAGACUCAAGAAUAUCUACACACACACACACAUAACAGAUACAUCCUUCACCUUAGUUAGCCUUUACUUCAGCAGAUCUGUUGUUCCCAAGCGUUAUACAGUCCUUGAAAGUUUAAUGAUUUACAAAUUAAACUUCAUCUUUCCAUCUAUGGAAAUCUUUUCACAACUCAGGGCUCAGCAGAUUGUGACUCAUACCCUGUUUCGGUGCUUAUUUCUUCAUUUAUACAUUUCUUUAAGCAAUGCAGCUUUACAAACCUUGAACUGGUUAUGCACCUGGCAUUGCUCUUCUGUCAUAUACUGCCAUACAGAUAUGCUCUCUGUGUUAUAUUUUAUUCAUAUAUGGUUUACUGUUGCUGCUUUUUAUAUCACAACAUAUACAAUAGUUUAGGCAUAACCUCUGGUUUUGUGGCAAAUUAUUUUAAGCAGCAUGAAUGCAUAUGUAUCACGCUGUGUGUCUGUUCCAGUGAGCACAACACUUUUCAAAAUGUGUUAUAUUAAAAAACAUAUUCUGGUAAUAAAUACAUUUUACAUUA